AGGGCGCAAGCGCAUUGCGUUCCCAGUCUCGGGACCCUUUUCCGAGAGACUAUGGCGCUCAACAAGAAUCACUCGGAGGGCGGCGGAGUGAUCGUCAACAAUACUGAGAGCAUCCUGAUGUCCUAUGACCAUGUAGAACUUACGUUCAGUGACAUGAGGAAUGUGCCAGAGGCCUUCAAAGGGACCAAGAAAGGCACCGUCUACCUUACCCCGUACCGGGUCAUCUUUCUGUCCAAGGGGAAGGAUGCCAUGCAGUCCUUCAUGAUGCCGUUUUAUCUGAUGAAGGACUGUGAGAUCAAGCAGCCUGUGUUUGGAGCAAACUACAUCAAGGGAACAGUGAAGGCUGAAGCAGGAGGUGGCUGGGAAGGCUCUGCGUCAUACAAGUUGACCUUUAUGGCAGGGGGCGCCAUCGAAUUUGGACAGCGGAUGCUACAGGUGGCAUCUCAAGCCUCCCGAGGUGAAGCCCCCAACGGAGCCUAUGGUUACUCUUACAUGCCCAGCGGGGCCUAUGUCUUCCCCCCACCAGUCGCCAAUGGAAUGUACCCCUGCCCUCCUGGCUACCCCUGUCCACUGCCCCCAGCUGAGUUCUAUCCGGGACCUCCCAUGAUGGACGGGGCCAUGGGGUACAUGCAGCCCCCGCCGCCGCCCUACCCUGGGCCCAUGGAGCCUCCGGUCAGCGGCCCCGAUGUCUCCUCCACUCCUGCAGCUGAAGCCAAGGCCGCCGAAGCAGCCGCCAGCGCCUAUUACAACCCAGGCAACCCACACAAUGUCUACAUGCCCACGAGCCAGCCACCACCACCUCCUUAUUACCCCCCAGAAGAUAAGAAGACUCAGUAGACCGCUCACACCCCCCUCCUCCCGCCUCUCUUUGCUCUCUCCUCCCCUCCCCUUGGGGCUGAGUCUGGGGUGGGGGGCGGGCCUCGUGCUUUCUCCAGGUCUGAUUAUAAAGCAGUCGCCAGGAACUAGCCUUGAGGGGUGCGGGGAGCGGUGCCUCCCAGCUUCCCACGUGAGCCCAGAGCCCACAGCGCUUCCCUCUCACCAUCCCCAGGGGGCGUCCCCCCUCAUUCCUGUCCUGCUCUCAUAGCUUCUACCCACGGAGGGACUCUCUGGCCACCUCCUCUGCCGCAGUCCAGCUCUCUCGUUUUGUAGCCACUUUAUCCUCAAGAGCUUUGCCCUCCCCAGGGACCCCUGCCAGGCUCUAUUCACAUUCCAUCCACUCUGGUCUGUGCGUGGCUGUGGAAGGCCACCUGUCUGCCGGACUGUCAGCCUACAUUCCGUUCCCAGCCAGCCUCAGCCCCUGUCACGCUCGCCUUCCCUUCCCUGUCCUUGGUCAUCCUGUUGCCACUGCUUCUGACUUUUGGAGCUUUCCCACGAGCCACCAGGGGGUGGGUGGCAUCAGGGCCAGCCUGCUGCAGCUGGGGAGGGAGCCCCUCUGCUUCCCUGCUAGUUUUUCUGGAAUUUGUUUCCCUUUGCCUUCUCUCUUUUCCCUCUAGAAGGGGCUUCUUGGACUGGAACUGGAGAAUGCAUGUCCACUUGGGGGCUGACGGGAGGGCUGGGAACAGACCCCUGGGGCCUGACCUGGGCGCUGACCCUGACCUCUCGCCAGCCCCUGGGGCCCGGCCUGGGCGCUGACCAUGAGCUCUCGCCAGCCUCUUAGCCUGCCCUCUUCCCUUUAAGCUUCUUGCCUGGUUGGUGAUAUGCCCCCUGGAUGCACUAAAAUUUGCUCCCAUUUGCUCCUGGACUGGCUGUGAAGAGAGAAGAUGGUUAUUUAAAGAGAAUUCCCUAUUUAUUUGACAAAAAAAUUCAGUUAAUAUAUUAAUGUGAAAUAAACCCUGUUUGCACCUUGA